GUGAAAUCGUGGAUCCUGUUACUACACAGGGAUCAAAUGUUACUGAAGGACCAGUGACAAUUGCCCCUGCUCUCUCAAUGACAGAAAUACGGUCAGUGACAUUGCUCACUUCUAAGUAUACUGAAGCAACAGUGCUGCCCUCAAGUGGCAUCCAGGAGUCAAGCACUCUUUCAGCAGACAAGACAUUGUCAACGUCUCAGAGAAUGAACAUUUUAGGAUAUGUCAGGAAUAAUAGCACCUUGAGUAUCCCAGAAACAGCUACUCUGACAGCAAAAUGGUGGGGCAAUGUAACAAUCUCAAAUGGAACUGUAGUUGAAGAAAGAUGGACCACACAAGACCAGCACAACUCUUCAUUGAUCUCAUCACCUGGAGUUUCAAACACCAUAGCUUAUCCUUUUAAGGGAAAUGAGUCUGUACUAGAGGCAAGCACACCUGGCUUCUCAGUCGGAGGAAGAUCUGAGAAUGUCACAGCCCUGAAUGUAACACAAAAUCCCAAACUUCAUGCUCUGAACCAUACUCUUGAUAGGGACAUGGGGAAAAAUAACAGCUCUUGGUCUGAUGAAAGAAACAGUACGGCAUUAUCAUCUUCCUUCAAGGAGAAUAUGACGGUCUCCCUUGUUACAGAUUUGAGUGAGCCGUUUCCAGCUGAAAGAAUUUUUUUUUCCAAUGUGACGAGUACUAGCUUUCAGAUUACCUGGACUACAAAUUUUUCAGUGAAUCCUGCUUUCCAUUUUCUGCUCUUUGAGGGGGAACAGUUGAUACAGAAGGUUAAAACCCAAAGCAGUAACCUGAAUAUUUCCAGACUAAAAGCAGGAACUUUGUACACUGUUAAAAUAAAGGCAGACUUUUAUGGAAGUGAAAGUAAACUUGUGCAGCGCAAAGUAAAGACAGCUGCCCAAAAGUUUAAUGGGACAGUUAGGAUCGUGAAUCUGAACUACAGCUCAGAGUUUAGCAACUCAAGCAGUGAAGAGCACCAAAAUUUUACAGAGAUGUUUCUUAAUGAGGUCCGUACAUCUUUGCCCCCUAAUAUUCUUCAAAAAAUGGAUGCUGGUAUGAUUAACAUUUCAAUAGUAAAUAUUAUCCCAGGAAGCAUAGUGGUAAACUUCAGUCUCCUGAUGCCUGUAGACAUGGAUGCAAGGAAUGUUUCCAGGUCUCUUCUUGAAGCUUUUCAGAACAGCAGCCUUUUCGUGGUUGAUAAUAGCAGUCUCUCCAUAUAUGAUUACAAUGAAUGUGAGAGAGAAGAAACAGAUUGUUCUCCUAACGCAUCCUGCUACAAUAUUUAUGGAUCUUAUGAAUGCAACUGCAAAGAAGGAUUUAUCAGUGUAAAUGCUGAGAGACCUGGGAGAAACUGUGAAGAACUUUCUUCCAACCUCAGUCCUGAGGAUGCACAGUUAAAGGAAUGGAGCAGCACAGCUUUACCACUGACGUAUCCAUAUACUUCAGACCACAUGCCUUCAUCUGCUAGAGAGCAUUUUUCUACUACUAGUGUCAGAAGCUUGGAAAAUGCAACUGCCAGCACGAUAAUUAAUAAAAAAAUUAUAAAUGGAAUACCAAAAAUCCACAGUUUACCUCAGAUCUCACCCUUCCCAAUCAUUAAGGGUUCUACUGCUGGUUCAAUUAAGGAGGCAGUUCAAGUACUGUGUGAGUUCGAAAAAAUUGUCACCUCCAUUAAGAAGGCCUUUCUAUACCAAGAAUCUAUCCCAGAAUCCUCCCUGUACCUAGGGAAACCUCACUGCAAUGUAAGCACCAGUAAUUCUAGUCACGUGAUACUUCGGACAGGCUGGAAUGAAUGUGGAACUGAAGUACAAAGUAAUACCACACACACUAUUGUAAAAACUGUUCUUCGGAAUGAUCGGUCUUCUCAUGGGAUUAUCCGCUACUUAAAAAUUUCAAGUCAAAUUCACUGUGUCUUUCAGAAUGAUCUCUUAACUUCAUCUGGAUAUACUCCAGAAGGGGUUUAUACCAUUUUUGAGGAUUUACAUGGAUCUGGACACUUCUUAACAGAAAUGCGAUUGUUCAUUGGAAAUUCUCCAAUUCCCCAAAAUUUCAGCAUCUCUGCUAGUGAUGAUGUAAUGAUUGAAGUGGGAAUUCAUACAAGAGACAGGAAACUCAAGGUGGUUGUUGGUGAAUGUUGGGCAACUCCAACUAAUAACUCACUGGAUCCCGAGUCAUUUCCUUUUAUACAUGGCAGCUGUCCGGUUCCAAACACGCACACAACCAUGAUUUCAAAUGGGAUAUCCAACCGAGCCCGGUUUCAACUGAAAAUCUUUUCAUUUGUCAAUAAUUCAGUGGUUUUCUUACAUUGCAAAAUCCAUGUUUGUGUUGAAGUUCCUAGAAGCACUUGCAGAAUGAGUUGCCAGGGUUUCCGUUAUCAGAGAUCGGGUGAAACUAUUGCAACGCCCAGGACAUCUUGGGGCCCUCUUCGCAAAUUCUCUGGUGAGUAAUCAGAAGAGAGUAAAUCUGGUUUGGGAGUGGGCUAUACCGUCCUCAUUGUCGUUGGUGUACUUGUUCUCGUACUGGGAGUAGCAGGACUUUUGGUCUGCCGAUAUCAACGCAAGGCUGGGAUUUAUAACUUCAAAAUCAAGUCUGACUUUUUAAACUACCGAGCAUUCUAUGACUGAACAUUUCAAUUUGACCACAUCUAGAAGCUUCUACAAAUAUACCGAUCCAUGAAGUGUUGGAGGUGAAACAUGUAACCAAACAUAACUACAAGCAGCUGAUACUCAGAUUAUCAAGCCUCUGAGAACUUCUUAUCAGAUUUCUGUUGCUAUUUCAAACCAUUUGCAUCAUUUCAAGAGGACAGAAAAUUCACUAGUGAUUUUAUAGUUGGAUUUACUUUUUCCCCUACCUCCCAGUUCCACAACUGAUAUCACUUGCUUUUAAAAAGGUAGAACACUUUCAUCAGUGUAAGAGAAUAAUUCAGGCAAUUGUAUACAUUCAUUAUAUAAAUAUGUAUUUUCAUUCUGGGACUGCGGAAUCAUCAUUUUGAUGCAGAGGCCUAGUUUUGUAGAGAAUAAGAGUGCAAUAUGAGUGCUGGUUGUUUGUGAAAAGAAGGAUUCUGAGUUGUUUAUGUGUUUCUGAAUAAGCUCUGGAAAACCUGAUUAAAAGUGGUGAAGAGAUUCUGCACUGUUUUUGCCAUUUCAGGGGAAAAGGUGAACGUGUUCCUUGAUAAGAAUCUUCCUCAUAUUUAGUGUAAUAUUUUACACUGAAUGGAUCACACAAUGCGAAGUAUCCUUAUCUGGUGUCUCCAUGAAAUUGCUUCUGCAGAUCUCUAAUACUUAAAAUAGCUUUCCACCCAAAAUUCAGCUUUCACACAUCUACCUGGGAGAAAAUCUUAUUCAUUCAUCUUCUGUUUGGAUAGUCAGCACAGAAACCUUGAAGGUAGGCUUUGAAAUGAAGGAGAGAAAGAAAAAAGGGAGAGGGAAAGAAGAGAAGGGAGAGGGGGAACCCCCCCCCCCAGAAAACAGUAGCAUAAACCUAUUGUAAUACAAUAAUACCCGGAUCUUCAAUUAUUUUGGAUGUUCUCUGAGCCUACAAAAUUUACUAGAAUUUUGCUAAAGGAACAAUUUUUUUUUAAAUUUUUCACAGCUUAAUAUUGUAGUAAUUGCAGCAAGUAAAAUUGCUGCUGUAAAACAGAUUGAUUUGGGACAGACUAAGAGCUAAAAGAAAAUGCAGAACCUUUGAUGACGUGCUUUUAGAAACUGCUGUAUUUGGGGUACAUUUAUUAUAAAUCUUCAUUCUAAAGAAGGCUAUUUGUCUUGUAAACACAUAGGAAAGAGGAACUAUUUUUAUAGUUACUGUUUCUGAAUUUCUAUACCAUAUCACAGUUAAGUGAAUUGCACUGCUAUUAUAAGUGAUUUGUGAAGUGGAUUAUUAGAACAUCUGAAAGUGAAACUGAACAACUUGCUUUCAACGUACACCGA